AAUACUAAAGUUUCAUAGGAUUUCAGACCAUCUACCUUCCACCAACAAUACAUGGAAAGGUUUCAACAGUUGAUUAAGACCCUGUAUUGGUUCCUACUCAUCUCUGUUGUGGCAAACACAGCACCCAUAACAAUUUUACCAGGCUGUACCAAUAGAUUCUAUCGUUUGCUCCAUUUAUGUUGGAUGACCGUCUGGUAUGGAUGCUUCGCCUUGGCCUCAUACUGGGAAUUCGUGCUCAUCACUUUACAGAGGGUUUCCCUUGAUCGUUAUCUCAAUGCCAUUGAAUCGGGAAUUUAUGUGAUCCAUAUUUUUGUCAUUAUGCUCAUCACUUUCCAAGGAAGAAACUGGAUUCCGAAAGUCUUAAAAGAUAUUGUUAGGACUGAUCUGGAAAGGGGUUAUGCCAUAGAUGGCAAGAGAACCAAAAAGUUUAUUGCCCUGCAGUUGUUCCUAGUCUGGAUGUUCACCUGUCUAGCCUUUGCCAUGGACAUCUGGAGUCAGAAGUGUGUGAUCUUUAAAUCGAUCUUGAGUAUCAACAGCUAUGUGAUGCCUAAUAUUAUAAGUGGUUUGUCAUUUAUUCAGUACUACCUCCUGCUCCAAGGAAUCGCAUGGCGGCAGAGGAAAGUAACCGAAAAUCUGGAGCGAUUAUUGUUGCAAUUAUGUAAUCCGCGAAAAGUCGAGGUUCAAAGAUACCGCCUUCAGCACGUUGAUUUGACCAAUUUUACCAAACUGGUUAACCGAACGUUCCAGUACUCUAUAGUACUCCUCUUCGUCGGCUGUUUCUUGAACUUUAACCUUAACCUAUUUCUGGUAUACCAGGGCAUUGAUAACCCCGCUAUCGACGACUGGGCCAAGUGGUUGUACAUGAUCCUCUGGCUGGCCAUGCACUUGGGAAAGAUUUGCAGCAUCCUGUACUUCAAUCACAACAUUCAAAAUGAGCAAUCCAAGUGUUUGACCAUACUAAAUGGAGUGUCGUGUAAUGACAGCGAUCUUCAGGAGACUAUUAACCACUUUAUUAUUCAAAUACGGACGAAUGUACGGCAGCAUGUGGUGGGUGGAGUCAUCGAACUGGACCUAAAGUUUCUAACAGCUUUGCUAGUGGCCUCUGCGAAUUUCUUUAUCUUCCUGCUGCAAUAUGAUGUCACCUAUGAGGCUUUGUCGAAAUCGAUGCAGGGAAACACCACCAAAACUUAG